AUGUCACGCCCGUCCGCUAAAAAAGUUGCGGCAAAAGGCGAGUACAUAGAGACCGACUCUGGGAACAAGGUCUCGCGACGGAGCGCGAUCACUGGGACUGCAAACAUCACUCUCGGCGGCCGCACUGUCAUCAUGGCCGACGUCGUCCUCCGCGGGGACCUGCAUUCCACACGUCCCACCGCCUCAAAUUCUGGAAAAGAAGGAACGCCCACCAGUAUCAGCAUCGGAAAGUGCACGGUAGUGUCGACUAGUAGCGUGCUCAAGCCACCGUGUCGAAUGAGUCGGGGCGCGCCGAACUUUUACCCGAUGAAAAUCGGCGACAAUGUUUUCAUAGGCCCCAAUUGCGUGAUAUCAGCCAUCGCGAUAUCGUCGCAUGUACACAUAGGCGCCAAUGUUACCAUUCACGCCUUUGCUGUCAUUAAAGAGAACGUCAAGAUUCUCUCAAACACCGUCGUUCCUAGCGCAAUGGUCGUUGCCCCCGGGUCCGUCGUGGGCGGUCGGCCGGCCAGAAUCGUCGGCGAGGUGGGCGAGGGUUGGGGUGUAAGCGGCGGCGGCGCAGGAGGUGGUCUCGGUGUUGGUGGCGGUGGUGAGGAGAAGUGGGUGGAAGGCGGCGACUUAAGAGAGCUGGUGCGGAGUAUAAGAUGA